UGGGUGGUGGUAGGCGAAGCGACAGCCAUGUUGGGUAGUAUAAAGGAUGUUGGUUGACACAAGUGCUAACAAUGUUGCAUCUGUAGGCGAGGUAGGGUGUAAGGUGUGUGUAAGAAAGAUAGACAAAUGGAUGAGGGGCAAUUCUCAAUGAAGCAUAGAGAGGCGCAUCAGGGUGGGUAAGUAUUAUUUGGCUCUCGACGGGUAAGGGUAAGGAGCUUGGUCCCCCAGUAUGAUAAGGUCAGGGCUCUAGUUAGCAGGGGUUGUCGGUGUGCCAAGAAGUAGGAUGCAAAAUACCGCGGCAGACUGGACGCUAGGAUAUUAUGAGCGGAGGGAGGUCAUCUUGAGAUGUGCGUGAAGGUUGAAGCCUGCAGCAAGUCGGCCAGGUGCCCGCAUGUUCGAAGCAGCCGCUACGAGGCUUUGGUCUGUGGCAACCCCCUACCGCACCCCACACACGAACGGCGAAUUGCAGUCCCGAGUGGGUUGUUGGUCGGGUUACAUCGUGGAAAGGGUGUCGCACCCCGGUCAGAAGCUUGGAAUGUGGAUGGCGACAGUGGUUCGCCUGCAGGACGGAGAAGGCUGGACGCCACGGAGCGUCCACCAAUCAAUACUCGUGAUGGGUUCGAUCUGCUACCGGCUACUAGCCUCGGAGCAACCAACGCCUUUAGCCAUUCAGAGAGCUUGUGUCAAGUACGCUGGUAAGGAAGCGCUCAAGGGCUUGCUCGGCUGGCGAGCUUCUGCAAAGCCACCGCUGAUAGCGUCAGGUCCGCCAUGGGCAGCGUGAGCCUACCAACGAAUGACCAGCAAGCAGGUGGUCGACGGAGCCGACCGAGACACUGUUUCGAAGCUGCACCGAAGCUGUAUAGAAGAUAGCAGCGCCUAGCGCUCACCACUUGGAGUGCGCAGCGAAAGCCGCCCGCUGUAAAGCAUCUGCCAAGCUGAAAACCUUCCGGGAGGGCAAGUCAAAAUUAAAGAGGCGGCUGCUCUUCACCGUCAUCACCCCGCAAGAAAGCACGGCCGCUGAUUCUUGCGAGGAGAGGAUCUCUGCAGCAGGACUCGCGGUGGUCGCGAGCGUGACGCAAUCUGCGUGAGGAUGCACGCGAGCGGCAGCACGCGCGAACAGACGUUGAGCGAUGCAGCGAAGAUCCAGAUGAGGAUAUUGCGAUGA